UGCCUUACCUUUGGCAGUUUUCAUCGUUUCUUUUCUCCCUUUCCCUUUACCUCACUGUCUCCUUCUCUCCCUCUCAUUUGAUUAGCAUACUUAGGUAUAGUUGUCGGUGGUGCAGUAGCUAAGCAUCCUAUGCAAGAAAACCAUGCUCACAUUUGUCCUUGUAUAAGAUCACAUGAUCUCUAUGGGCUCAAGUUCUUGUGCUCUAUACACUACACUCGACUGUUUGUCACUUCACAGUUUCUACCUUACCCGUCAAGGUUUUGCUGCAUUUAAGUCUUGACAGUCUCUACAUUAAAUCUUUCUCUCUCUAUCUCUCACAGCUCCUUUGGAAGGAACAUUAAUGGUGGAUGAUCGUUUAUAACUGAUUACAUCUCUUCUUGCUAAGCCAGGCUCAGAAAGUAAAAUGAUGGACAACAAGACAUGGUUUUGGAGGAAAAGAUCUUCCGAAAAGACAAUUGUAGCAACAAACAAAUUCGGCAUUUCUGUGAAAGGAAUUGAUGAAGAGACACAAAAUAUUCCAACUGGGAAUGGAGUAGGACCAGUUAGAGCUGUAAGAAACUUAAACGAGAAGUUAGCUUCAGUGCUUCUUGAUUGUCAUGUUGUGACAGAAAAUGAAAAAUCAGUACCAAGACCCACUGCAGGCCAGGAAAAGGAAGAGGCAGAAGUAGAUUGCCUAAAAAAGGAACUGGAUGGAGAUCCGAAGAAGGGAUUAGCUGCAAAUCAAAAAUUAAGUCACUCAGAUGCUGCAUUAAAGAAAUGCAUGCAGCAGCUGAACUCUUUCCGAGAAGAACAGGAGCAAAAGAUACAUGAUGCCGUCAUGGAAGCAACAAGUGAAUUUGAGAAGGCACAGAAAAAUUUGGAAGUCAAGUUGAUGGAGACAAGCAAAAGGCUUACGAAUUUAGCCAUUGAGAACACAAAUCUGAGUAAUGCCCUUUUACUCAAAGAGAAAUUGGUCGAAGAACUGCAUAAACGUGCAUCUCAGACAGUUGCGGAAUUCAAUACUCUAAUGGCUAGAUUAGAUAACACAGAAAAAGAAAAUGCUUUUCUGAAGUACGAGUUUCACAUGCUUCAGAAGGAACUUGAGGUUCGAAAUGAGGAGCUGGAAUAUAAUCGUCGUUCUGCUGACACAUCACGCAGGCAACACUUGGAGAGCACGAGGAAAGUCACAAAGCUAGAAGCAGAAUGUCAGAGACUCCGUACCCUAAUGCGGAAAAGGCUGCCUGGUCCUGUAGCUUUCUCAAAGAUGAAGAGUGAAGCCGAAAUGCUGGGAAGGGAUCAGAUGGAAUCAAGAAAACCGAACCUCACCAGAGAUUUGGUAGUCAGAGACCCCAUCAUGGGAAAUUUUCCAGAAACUCCUGUGAAGAACGUUGAUUUCCUGAUCGAUCAAUUGCUUGGUAAGGAAGAGGAGAAUAAAGCUCUCAGAGAAAUGAUGAGCAGGAAGAAUGCCGAGCUUCAAUCUUCAAGGAUCAUGUUUUCACGAACAGCUUCAAGGUUAUCACAGGUCGAGGCUAAGCUUAUAGAGCUUUCUGGAGACCAGAGGUCUUUGGAGCUGGCAAAGCAUAGUCCAUCAUCACGUGAAAUCCACUCUCCAACUGCAGGUUCGGAUACUGGAUCAUUGGCUAAUGCUCUAAUCGCAGAAUUGGAACACUUCAGAGAUAGGAAACUCAAGAGUCCGUCGGAAUGUAAAGACAUUGAAGUUCUGGACAUGAGGUUAAUGGAUGAUUUUGUUGAGAUGGAGAAAUUAGCUAUAGUUUCCACACAAACACCUUCUGCAGGUGGGAAUCGCUCUUUCUCGGCUGGUAAGGAACUAGUUCCCAUGGAACAAGAUCAUUCUGGUUAUAGUGACAAGGAACAAGAGAUCCAUUCAAAACAAGAUUCAACUGACAAGUCUUUUGACUGGCUUCAGGUAGUUCUGAAUGCAAUAUUUAAACAGCAGCGUAUUUCAAAACGAAGUCUAACUGAACUCCUGGAGGACAUUAAAAUUGCUUUAGGGUAUAUAAAUCAUCCAAAUGCUUCUGAACCUGAUGCAGCAGCAUUGUCAAGGCAUCCUUUGGAAUGUGAUAUUGGUGGUUAUAUCACUUGGAAGUCUCCAAAUGGAUCUUCAAUUGCAAAUUCAUUGAAUGAAACUUCCAGUAUCGACACCCCUGUGAAAGAAACAAGCAAACAACAUGAUCAAUCUAAGCUGAGUAAUCUGCAAGAAGAGAACGGGAGACUGAAAAAUGAGCUGGAUAAUAUGGAAGCAAGGCUGCAGUCUGCAACUGAUAAGACGGAGACCCUGAUGGUGAAGCUUCGGGAAUCAGAACAAAGUGUUGAAAGGUUACAAGCAGAAGUGGAAAUUUUGAAGGAAUCAAAACGAAUGGUAGAGGAUCAGAUUGAAAAUCAGAAGUCAAUCAAUGAAGAUCUUGAUACUCAGCUUACAGUUACCAAAGCUAAAUUGAAUGAGGUCUUCCAGAAAUUUUCGUCUUUGGAAGUUGAAUUGGAAGACAGAAGUAACUGCUGUGAAGAAUUAGAAGCAACUUGUCUUGAGCUUCAACUUCAGCUGGAAAGUGCUGCAAAGGAAACCAUGAGCUGCGGCAUAAAUAAAGAGGGAAAGCAUCCACAGGAUGGCUGGGAGAUCAAAGCAGCUUCUGUGAAGUUGGCAGAAUGCCAAGAAACCAUCCUUAAUCUUGGAAAACAACUGAAGGCUCUGGCUUCACCAAGAGAAGCAGCACUCUUUGACAAGGUUUUCACCACUACUGGUGCCACUACCACAGCCACCAAUAUCAGGAACAUGAACAAGCGCUUCUCCUUACGUGAUCAAAUGCUAGCUGAAGAUAGAUCUAAGGAAAUUAUUCUCAGAUCUCCAACUGAAGAUGCACAAAAAUCCUCUCUUGACCAGUCAGAUAAUGGUAAUGGAUUGAUUAGUCCUAAUGCCUUGGUAUGCGCUCCUGAAGCAUAUAUUGGAACAGAGCACAAAGCCGGUGAUGCUGCAGUUGAAGCUCUGGCUAUUGUUCCUUGUAAAAAACAAGGAUUUGGUUUGCUAAGGAGGCUAUUAAUGAGGAGGAAGAAAGGGACAAGCAAGAAGUCCCGAUCCUUAGUCAAGGUAUGAUAGAACUUGUUGAAGCCGAGUUGGAAGAAACUGCUGUUGCCAUGACUGCACCAAUGCAAACUGAACUGGUGAAAGCCACGGUCUUAUGUUUGAAUAUUUUAAUCUUCACUGGUUUUGGUUGAUGAUUGGAAAGAGUGAUAAUGCGGGCAUCAUACUUUUUUCUUCUUUUCAAAAAAGAAACGUAUAUUGUCUUUAUGUAUUGCUUGAUGUGUACAUGCAUCUAGGUUUGAGGACAUAGGGAGCUUAAAGUGGCACCUGUAACUGAGAAAAUGGAAGGAGAUGCUUAUGCUGCCAUUAAUAUUGCUCAUGCAUAUAUGUGAUUCAUUUUUACUUGA